GACGGCGUGCAGCAGGUGGUUGUUUACCUUGGUGUCGGACGUGACCGCGGAUCGUGGAGCACCUGAUCGUGGUCCACAAGUGUCCGAGUAGCUCCCACGGGACGGGCCGCUCAGCGUGGAUGUCUGUGGCACGUGUACACGCUAAGGGUCAUACGGAGCUACGCGCCGGGACGCAGGACAGGUGAGCCAGAGCCAUGCUGUCUGCGGAGGACAUCUUGAGCAGCAUGCAACAGGUGAUUGCAGGGCUGGAGACGCUCCGAGGGGAGAACCACAGCCUGCUUUUGAACCUCCAGCAGGCCCUGGAGAGCCAACCUUACCGGGACAGCAGUGUGGAGCAGGAGAAGAGCCACAUGGUGCAACAGUCUCUGGAGAGGAUCGAGCUAGGGUUGAGUGAAGCACAGAUGGUGAUGGCCUUGUCGUCUCACUUGAAUUCUGUAGAGGCCGAGAAACAGAAGCUGAGAACCCAGGUACGGAGGCUGUGCCAGGAGAACCAGUGGCUGCGGGACGAGGUGGCAGGAGCACAGCAGAAGCUCCAGGAGAGAGAGCAGGAGGUGGUCAGUCUAGAGGAGCACAAUCGUCACCUGCUCUUUAUGUCCUCCAUCCGAGUGUACGACCAGGACCAGGAGGAGGCACUGGAGGAUAGAGGCAUGUGCUCCACAGCAGGGAGCCUGGAGGACCUGUUUCCUGAGGAGCAGGAGCCUCACGCUGUCCAUAGGUGCCCCAGCAGUGCAGAGGUGGCAGCUCAGCAGGGGGGCUAUGAGAUCCCGGCCCGCCUGCGCACCCUGCACAACCUGGUCAUCCAGUAUGCCUCGCAGGGACGCUAUGAGGUGGCUGUGCCCCUUUGCAAGCAGGCGCUGGAGGACCUGGAGAAGUCCUCUGGACACAACCACCCAGACGUGGCCACCAUGCUGAACAUCCUGGCUCUGGUGUACAGGGACCAGAACAAAUACAAGGAAGCCGCGAACCUUCUGAAUGACGCACUGGCAAUCAGAGAGAAGACUUUGGGCCCAGACCACCCAGCGGUGGCAGCCACACUCAACAACCUGGCCGUGCUAUACGGAAAACGGGGCAAAUACAGAGAAGCUGAGCCACUGUGUAAGAGAGCAUUGGAGAUACGUGAGAAGGUGUUGGGAGCAAACCAUCCAGACGUGGCCAAGCAGCUCAACAACCUAGCCCUGCUGUGCCAGAACCAGGGCAAGUACACUGAGGUGGAGCAGUACUACCAGCGCGCCCUCUACAUCUACCAGAGCCAGAGGGGGCCCGACGACAGCAACGUGGCCAAGACCAAGAACAACCUGGCCUCGUGUUACCUCAAACAGGGCAAAUACCGCCAGGCUGAGGCGCUUUACAAAGAGAUCUUGAGCCACGCCCACACCAAGGAGGGCUCCACAGUAGAAGGUGAGGGCCCCCCCAGUUGGUCGGGCGCAGCAGAGGGACUGAGGCGCAGCGGCUCCUUUACUAAACUGCGUGAGUCCUUGAGACGCAGCAGUGAAAAACUGGUGCGCAAGCUGAGGGGUGGGGCUGAUCAGGAGCCACAUCCCCACAGUGCUGGGAUGAAGAGGGCCAGGUCUCUGAAUGUGCUUAGUGUGGAGACCGGGGACCAGGAGCAGCAAUGGAGUAGUGCAGACAUGGUGGGCUCCAACACACAUGGGAUCAGGCGCGGCUCCUACAGUGGGACUAGCUAACCCCCAGUCCCAGGCUCCUACAGUGGGACAUCAGCUAACUGCAGGUCCCAGGCUCCUACAGUGGGACCAGCUAACCCCAGGUCCCAGGCUCCUACAGUGGGACCAGCUAACCCCCGGUCCCAGGCUCCUACAGUGGGACCAGCUAACCCCCGGUCCCAGGCUCCUACAGUGGAACAUCAGCUAACAGCAGGCCAUGGCCCUACAGUGGGACCAGCUAACCCCCGGUACCAGGCUCCUACAGUGGGACCAGCUGACCCCGGGUCUCAGGCUCCUACAAUGGGACAAGCUAAUCCCGGGUCCCAACCCUGGUCCUACAGUGAGACCAGUUAACCCCGGGUCCCAGGGUCCUACAGUGGGACCAGCUAACCCUGGGUCCCAGCCCUGGUUCCCAGCCCUGGGCCUACAGUGUGACCAGCUAACCCUGGGUCUCAGCCCUGAUCUUACAGUAGGACCGGCAAACUCUGUGUCCCAAGCUGCUACAGAGGGAUCAGCCAAUCCCGGAUCUCAGCCCUGGUCCUACAGUGGGACCUGCUAACCCCAGGUCCCAGCCAACUCUGGAUCCCAGGCAUGGCUCCUAAAUGGGGACCGGCUAACCCCGGGUCCCAGCCAACCCUGGGUCCCAGGCGUGGCUCCUAGAGUGGGACCAGCUAACUCCUGCACCAGGACUGGACUUUAGGUGUGGUACAGGCUUUACCACAGAUGUGUUUUACCUUUCUCUGGGUUUGAAAUUUGACCAAAUUGUUACCAGCACACAGCAGCAGAUGGAUGGUCUCCAAACAUUUAUUCCUGUAUUCUUGAACAUAGCGCAAUUGGCUAAUUUUAGUAGUUUACUUGUAUUUAUUAUUUCCAGAUAGCCUUUUCCCGUUUUGUGCUGGCCAGCUCCUGUCCCUUUUAUGGUCACACUAAUUAGAUCACAGUCUAACAUGUUUGUAUGGAGCAGGCACUUGAAUACCAUGGUCUCAUGUAGAUGCACUGAGCUGAUCAAUGAGACCUGUGGGUUGCCUGUUUCACAUUGUAUUUUAAAUGGAUCAUGUUUGCACUUGCACUGGACUGUUACUGUCAGUGAUGGCAAAGCUUUUUAAUUGGCUUUAUUCAUACUAGACAGGGGCAGUACCUGGUUAUAUUUACUUAAGUAGGAGUAAAGGUACAACAACUUCUUUAAAAAGUUACUCGAGUAAUAUUUUUUAUUGAAGUAAAAGUUGUAGACUUAUUCAGAGGGAAGAGGAAUCACAAGUGACAAAAGCUUUAUGUUGACAAUAUGAAAUUAUUUGAACAUUUGUGUUUCUUGCACCGCUCCUACAGAUAUGAUUUAGUUUGGCUCAUUUUUGUAUCUAUCCUUCGGAAAUACCCGAUUUUAUGCAUUAAUCUUUGUCCUUCAAAUUAUAAAUCAGAUGUUAUGUCCUGACAGUUGCUCUAAAUUACUCUUACUUGAGUAAUUUCUUGGACCACUACUUUGUAUUUGUAUUUGAGUGAAAUUAUUUUGAAGUAAUGUUACCCUUACUUGAGGACAAUUUAGACUACUCUACUUACCUCUGACAUUUACUUUUUGUAAAAACUGUUACUCAUCCCACUUGAAAUCACUUUUUCCAUGUUUUUCCAGCUCCUUCUGAUACGAUUUAAUUUAUUGAUAUUUAUUGGUCUAACCAGAUUUCUGUAUUAUUUAAAGUUUAUAAAUUAUAAAUAAUUCUUUAUUCUGAUAACUACUAGGUUGUGUUAAGUAUUUGGCUAGUCCUCCCAUAUCUGAGAGUAGAGCUGUUUCACCAACUUAGGGGCUUAUACUGGUUUGGCUUCUUUCUAAAGAGAACUGUGUCACUGUGUUUUCCAACUUUUCGUAUUUUGUUUGUAUUUGUGUUUAGAAAAGAGAUUUUGGCAACCGAGUUUGAAAAUAAAUAGUACAAAAGUC